GCUGGGCAGGUGGAAAGCAGCAGCGCCUCGAUCUUGAUCCUCAUCUUCCUCAAUCUCCCUCCUACAUCUUGAUCCUUCUCCUCAAUCUUCCUCCUCCUCAAUCUUGAUCCUCCUCGUCGGCGAUCUUCGUCGCUACCCGAAGGGCGAUCUUCGACCUUCGCGUUGUGCCGCCUCGACUCGCCUCUCGUGCCCCCUCCCUCCCUCCCCCCGUGCGGACGAGCGGCCCCGCCAUGGGAGCGUGCUGCUCCUGCACUCGGCAGCGCGAGCGUCCCCGCAAGAAGAGAUAUUGUAAGAAGCACCGCUGCAGGCAUAACCGUGCCAAGAAUGGCAUUGAUGACCACGCCGAUGCAUCCUCUCCCACCACCAGCGAACGCUCGGCGUCACCGGUGGUGCAGGAAGGUGCAGCCACCUCGGGCUCGUGUGGAAAGGAGGCGCCGGCAGAGUGCCAGGUCAUUGUGCCGCUCUCCCCACUUGACAUCGCUGGACGACCAUUGCCCGAUGGGGAUGUCGAGCCCCCCCACGCCUCCGCUGAGAAACCCCUUCUCCUGGUCGAGGAGAAGGUACCCAGCGUGGAGGAGGCGGAGCGACGCGACAAUGAGCCGGAAGUCAGAUAUUGUAAGAAACACCGCUGCAGGCAUAACCGUGCCAAGAAUGGCAUUGAUGACCACGCCGAUGCAUCCUCUCCCACCACCACCGAACGCUCGGCGUCACCGGUGGUGCAGGAAGGUGCAGCCACCUCGGGCUCGUGUGGAAAGGAGGCGCCGGCAGAGUGCCAGGUCAUUGUGCCACUCUCCCCACUUGACAUCGCUGGACGACCAUUGCCCGAUGGGGAUGUCGAGCCCCCCCACGCCUCCGCUGAGAAACCCCUUCUCCUGGUCGAGGAGAAGGUACCCAGCGUGGAGGAGGCGGAGCGACGCGGCAAUGAGCCGGAAGUCAGAUAUUGUAAGAAACACCGCUGCAGGCAUAACCGUGCCAAGAAUGGCAUUGAUGACCACGCCGAUGCAUCCUCUCCCACCACCAGCGAACGCUCGGCGUCACCGGUGGUGCAGGAAGGUGCAGCCACCUCGGGCUCGUGUGGAAAGGAGGCGCCGGCAGAGUGCCAGGUCAUUGUGCCGCUCUCCCCACUUGACAUCGCUGGACGACCAUUGCCCGAUGGGGAUGUCGAGCCCCCCCACGCCUCCGCUGAGAAACCCCUUCUCCUGGUCGAGGAGAAGGUACCCAGCGUGGAGGAGGCGGAGCGACGCGACAAUGAGCCGGAAGUCAGACAUUGUAAGAAGCACCGCUGCAGGCAUAACCGUGCCAAGAAUGGCAUUGAUGACCACGCCGAUGCAUCCUCUCCCACCACCAGCGAACGCUCGGCGUCACCGGUGGUGCAGGAAGGUGCAGCCACCUCGGGCUCGUGUGGAAAGGAGGCGCCGGCAGAGUGCCAGGUCAUUGUGCCGCUCUCCCCACUUGACGUCGCUGGACGACCAUUGCCCGAUGGGGAUGUCGAGCCCCCCCACGCCUCCGCUGAGAAACCCCUUCUCCUGGUCGAGGAGAAGGUACCCAGCGUGGAGGAGGCGGAGCGACGCGACAAUGAGCCGGAAGUCAGCUCUGAAAAUGUUAUCCUCGAGAUCAUCACUGAGGAAUUCUGCUCUGGAAUCAUGAGCAUCGGAGAUGGUGGCGAGGAUGCACCGUGCCUGGCACACGAGUGCGAGCCGCUGGAGCAAGCGGGUGGAGAGUGGGCGGAGAGCAGCGUCCCACAGCGCCGCCACGACGAGCUGCAGCGCCACUUGGCGGAGACGGUGGAGAGCCUGAAGGAGCUCAAUGGCAGCCAGGACCUCGAGACCAAGGUCAUGAAGUUCGAGCUGGCCAAGGCCUCAUCAAUACCCGUCAACCAGAUCUCCAACACAUCUGGUUCUCACCUGCGCGUCAUCACCGACAAGCUGGACUUGCUGUUGAGCGGCAAGGCCGUCGUGUCGGGCACGCGCUCCACCAACGUGUCGGACCACCCGCAGGGCCUGCUCUAUGUCCUGCACCGGGUGACUGAGAGGCUUGUGAAGCAGUGCGAGGAGGAGGUGGGGUGGAACCACGCGGCGGCGUUCCCCAUCGCGGCUGUCACCGUGGAACUGUGGCACCGGCACCCAGCCAUCGGGGAGCUCCUGUUCGCUGAACUGCUGAGCAAGUGCCCCUACUUGGCCCCUUUCUUCCCUCGUCCCACGCCUGGGCAGAGCCAGGAGGACGCUUUCAGGAUCCUCGGUCACCGCUUCGAGGAUGGGACACUAGAGGACGAAGACUUGUUCCUCCAGAGAAUGUCGGGCAUGGCGCGCCUGUACGCGGCCAUCGUCUCUGCACCCGUGUCUCCCUCCAGUGGCGACAAGAGCCACCCCCACGGCGUGAGUCACGGCUGGUCCUGGCUCACGCGGGUCCUGGAUAUGGAGCCCAUGGCCAAUGUCACCCCCACCGUGCUCUUCCGCUUUCUGGAGGUGGCAGGCAGUGCCAUGGAGGUUGCAUACGGCGAUCAGCUCUGGGAGCUGCUCGAUGUGUUAAGGAAAGAAUACAUCCCAAGAAUCGAGAAGGUGUCCACCCCGCAGCAGAUGGGAGCUGUGGUCAGACUGAGGCUGUUCCUCGAGGACUGUUUUGUUAAUCGGGAGAUUCCUUUGCCAAGCGGGCAUCUCUCAGAAGAAUUUCGGAAGGCUUAACAAGAUCACCUGUACAUUAUGUAAAUAUAUAUUUUUUAUGUAAGUAAAACCCUACGUGUUCAACUGUCAAUUAUUUAUUCGUAAAUGAAAUAAAAAUCCUG